AUCGUUUCAAGCGAAGCUCUAAACGGGAAACAGUCGAAAGUCGGUCAACAACCGCCUUAGCAGUGCGUUGGUUCUUUCGUUGGUUGUUUGGUUGCUUUUCCUCGCACCAUGAACCCUUAAUUAGCACGUGAGAUGGUAUAAUAAGGAAGCCGACAACAGUCGUUUUGGUGAAGGAGCGAUAUAGCAUCUGGUGUAGUGAGGGUGUUCUAGAUUUUUAUCCUGCUGGGGAGGCGUUGACUUGAACGCUACAGAAAUGGUCGAGAUGGAGGAAGAUCCCAGUGAAAUGAUAUGUCCAGCAGCAGUAGAGAGAAAUCCAGGUACCACCAUACACCACAGAUUACCAGUCAGAAAUACCAAUGAAGAAGCCACAGGAUCUGCAAAACAACCGAGCAGCAAAAGUACCGAAGGUGCUGAAGAAUCUCGAGAUGAAUUCGUACCUAAGAUACGAUGGCCAGACACUAUAGUACAAAUAUUUUUACAUGCAGGCUGUUUAUAUGGACUUUUUUUGUGCCUUGUGUCCGCUAAGUUUUAUACGACAUUAUUUGCAAUCGGAGCACUUUGUUUUGGGGCGAGUCUGUUCCCUGCAAUCCUAUUUGUGACUCUACCUGUAUCAACGACAACAGCGGAAAGGAGCUUUUCAACCAUAAAGCGCUUGAAAACCCACUUAAGGUCAACCAUUGGUGAAGAGAGUUUGAAUGGUCUAACUCUACUUAAUAUUCACAACGAAGUUGAUUUGAAUAUUGUAAAUGUAAUAAAUACUUUCGCCACAAGUAAAGCCAGACGAAUGAGCCUCGAAGACUGGUCAGCAUUCCUAAUGAUAUAUAUCACAGGCUUUGGUAUAACAGCAGGAGCUCAUAGGCUAUGGUCGCAUAGAGCAUACAAAGCAAAAUGGCCUUUAAGGCUGUUACUAGUCAUUCUUUUCACAGUGACAGGCCAGAGGCACGUCUACGUUUGGGCUUUAGACCACAGAGUCCAUCACAAGUACAGUGAGACAGAUGCCGACCCCCAUAACGCCAAAAGGGGUUUCUUCUUCUCCCACGUUGGUUGGUUGAUCUUGACACCCCAUCCCAGUGUGGUGGAAAAGAGAAAAGCCGUUGAUAUGAGUGAUUUGGAGGCUGAUCCUAUCGUCAUGUGGCAGAAGAGGAAUAUAAGCCCAGUUGAAAAUCUGGCAGUGUCCAUAGCAGCUUUAGGGGAAGGAUGGCAUAACUACCACCAUGUUUUCCCUUGGGACUACAAGACAGGAGAAUUAGGCAAUGCCUACAAUCCUUCCACCACUUUCAUCAACUUCUUCGCUAAACUAGGUUGGGCUUACGAAUUGAAGAGUGUGUCUCAGAACAUGAUCCUGAGAAGAGCCCAGAAGACAGGAGAUGGAUCGCACCCCCAAAUUUGGGGCUAUGGCGACAAGGAUAUGGAGAAGGAGGACUUGAUGGAGCUGGAAAAUAUGGCGGAAGAAAAGUCAUUCUUGGAUAAGGAGAAAUGAACAAUGCAGUAUUCCUCUAUUACAUGAUUCUGUGUCAUUGUUAUUCGUGUUGUUCGGAUACGUUACAGGGUGAACAGAUGAAGAUUGAUAGAUGAUGACAUAGCUGAAGAAAAUUCUGGCAACUCGAAAUGAAUGAAGUUUUCUGUAUUGAACUCGUAUAUUGAUAUCAUACUCGGAAGUAAUGUAAUCCUUCCUAACUCCAACACAUUGUAGAACCACCUGCUUCAUCUGUUCACUUUGUAUUUAUAUUUGAGUUAGACAGAACAAACGUUGAAAAUGAUAAUUAUAUAUUACCUAUAUAAUUGUAUUAAUAUAUUAUGGUUGCUAC